UGUUUCUCUAAAUUUAAUGUAAUUCUACGAUUUUGUGAAGUCUCAACGAAUAGUGGUGACAUGUUUUUCUAGUCUGCUCCAAAAACGAGACGAGAAAUAUUUUACAGUGAAGUUUUAAACGUUAAAAAUCAUUUGUUUAUUCACUCUGGAUUGGAUAUUAUCUAGUGAAUAUAUUUUAUUGUGUAAUUAUACUUAAUUGUACAUAUAAUGGAUAAUAGUAACACGAUGGAUGCAGCAAAUAGUCUGCAUGAUUUUCCAAAUACAGUAACACUAGUGGAAAGAAAUACCAUGCCACAAGGCAUAUCAUUAAUUGAUCCAGCUGCUGUAGCAAAAUCAAGUAAGCAGGAUUUAAUGGCGCUAGUCACGGAAAUUAAAAAGGCAGAUGACUGUGUAAAAGCUAAUGCAUGUAAUAAGUUACAAGUGAUCGCAGAGCAGAUCAGAUUUCUGCAAAGACAGGCCGAGGGUAUUUUGGCUGAAGCAGAACGGAACGCCAAGCUGCAUCAUGUACCUUGCAAUUUUGUAAAGCAGUCUGGUCACAUUUAUCAUUUGUAUCAACGAGAAUCGGGACAGUUUUACUUUUCCAUGCUUAGCCCAGAAGAAUGGGGUAGUUUAGCUCCCUCACAAAAUUAUAUGGGUUCGUUUAGAUUGGAGCAAGACCGCUCAUGGACCCCACUGUCUAAACUGCAGGCGAAGAACGACGAAUUGAACUUGAUUGGAAAAUUCUUACCUUCCGAUACAACUGCAAAUGCCUUUUUACAUUCUGUCAUGUUAAAUAAUAGCAAGUAACGUAAUUAACAAAUUUA